ACUGCCUGGGAAGGGAGUCCGAAGCGGCCACCGACAAGGAGGAAGAAGGCGACGAGAAGGCUCCCUCUGCCCCGCCAGAGGAGGAGGAGGAGGAGGAGGCGGCGGCGGCGGCUUGCUCGGUCCUCGCUCCCAGCCCCCGAUGGCUCUGGGGCCACGGCGGGGCCAUGACGGACCGGGAGAACAAUAACAGCGGCAGCAGCAUCUCCAGGAACCCCUUCGCGGCCCUCUUCAGCUCCGUGGCCGACGCCAAGCACUUCGCAGAGAUCCAGCAGCAGCAGAGGCAGCGGCAGCCCCUGCAGGCCUCCGCAGCAGCCGAGGAAGCCGCGUCGGGCAGCCAGGAUGACUCGGACAACAGCGUCUCCGAGAGCCUGGACGAGUGCGACUACUCCGUGGCCGAGAUCAGCCGCUCCUUCCGCUCCCAGCAGGAGCUCUGCGAGCAGCUCAACAUCAACCACAUGAUCCAGAGGAUUUUCCUCCUCACCCUCGACAACAGUGACCCCAACCUGAAAAGCGGCAACGGAAUCCCUGCGCGGUGCGUGUACUUGGAGGAAAUGGCGGCCGACUUGGAGGACCAGGACUGGCUGGACAUGGAGAAUGUGGAACAGGCUCUCUUCACCCGAUUGCUGCUUCCAGAACCUGGAAAUCAUCUAAUCCAUAUGACCUCUGCUGGCAUCCAGAAUCUCUCGGCUGAGAGAGAUGCAGGAGAGAAGCACAUCCUUCGCUACCUCUUUGCCUGCUUCCAGAGGGCCAAAGAGGAGAUCACCAAAGUGCCUGAGAACCUGCUGCCCUUUGCAGUGCGCUGCCGGAACCUGACUGUGUCCAACACCCGCACAGUCUUCCUCACUCCAGAGAUUUAUGUCAACCAGAACAUCUAUGAACAGUUAGUGGACUUGAUGCUGGAGUCCCUGAGAGGAGCUUACUUUGAAGAUGUAACAGAGUUCUUGGAGGAGGUCAUCAGUGUCAUCACUGCAGAUGAGGAAGUGCGGACCUUUGAGGAGGUGAUGGUGCCUGUCUUUGACAUUCUCCUGGGACGAAUACGGGAGCUUCACCUUUGCCAGAUUUUGCUGUACUCCUACCUGGACAUGCUCCUGUACUUCACCAGGCAGAAAGAUAUUGCUAUGGUGUUUGUGGAGUACAUCCAGCCAAAGGACCUGGCCAAUGGGCUGCUUUACCAGAAGACCCUUCUGGGAGCCCUCCUGAAUAUCUCAUGCUUGCUGAAGACUCCUGGAGUGGUGGAGAACCAUGGAUACUUCCUGAACCCCUCUCGAUCCAGCCCUCAGGAGAUCAAGGUCCAAGAAUCCAAUAUCCACCAGUUCAUGGCUGAGUUCCAUGAGAAGAUUUACCAAAUGCUGAAGAAUCUGCUGCAACUGUCACCCCAGACCAAACACCGGAUCCUGUCCUGGCUUGGGAACUGCCUCCAUGCCAACGCAGGCCGCACUAAGAUCUGGGCUAACCAGAUGCCAGAGAUCUUCUUCCAGAUGUAUGCCUCAGAUGCCUUCUUCCUGAACCUGGGUGCCGCCCUCCUCAGGCUCUGCCAGCCCUUCUGUAAGCCCAGAUCUCCCCGACUUCUGACCUUUGACCCCACCUACUGCGCUCUGAAGGAGCUAAAUGAGGAGGAGCAGAAGAGCAAGAAUGUGCACAUCAAAGGUUUGGAGAAGGAAACCAGCCUAAUCCCAGCCACGACAGAACCGGAGUUCACCUCCAGCUACAAUCUGGUGACAGAGAACCUGGUGCUCACACAGUAUACUCUUCACUUAGGAUUUCACAGGUUGCAUGACCAGAUGAUCAAACUCAAUCAAAGCCUUCACCGGCUGCAGGUGGCCUGGAGAGAGGCUCAGCAGAGCUCCAGCCCCUCAGCAGACAACCUUCGGGAACAGUUUGAGCGCCUUAUGACCAUCUAUCUCUCCACCAAAACGGCCAUGACAGAGCCUCAGAUGCUGCAGAACUGCCUCCACUUGCAGGUGUCUAUGGCCGUUCUCCUGGUCCAGAUGGCCAUCGGAAACCAUGGGACAGAGCUGCUGGACGUGACCUUUCCUCUGCCAGACGUGAAGCAGAGUGCGCUGGCCUAUGUCCCAGAAUUCUUUGCCGACAACUUGGGCGACUUCUUCAUUUUCCUCCGUCGCUUUGCUGAUGACCUCCUGGAGACCUCGGCUGACUCCCUGGAGCACGUCCUUUAUUUUGUGACUGUUUUCACUGGAGACGUAGACAGGAUGAAGAACCCCCACUUGCGUGCAAAACUAGCUGAAGUGCUGGAGGCCGUCAUGCCCCACCUGGACCAGGGGCAAAGCCCCCUCGUCUCCAGUGUCUUCCACCGCAAAAGGGUCUUCUGCUCCUACCCACAUGCUGCCUACCUGGCUGAGGCUCUCAUCAAGGUCUUUGUGGACAUUGAGUUCACAGGAGAUCCCCACCAGUUUGAGCAGAAGUUUAACUACCGCAGGCCUAUGUAUCCCAUCCUCAGGUAUAUGUGGGAAACCGAUUCUUACCGGGAAAGUAUCAAGGCUCUUGCAGACUAUGCCUCAGAGAACCUGGAAGCAAUGAAUCCCCCACUCUUCUUGCGUUUCCUUAACCUGCUUAUGAAUGAUGCCAUUUUCUUGCUUGAUGAGGCCAUACAGUACUUGAGCAAGAUCAAGAUCCAGCAGAUUGAGAAGGACCAGGGUGAAUGGGACAACCUGUCCCCCGAGGUGCGGCGUGAGAAGGAAGCCAGCCUGCAGAUGUAUGGGCAGCUGGCUCGCUUCCACAACAUUAUGUCCAACGAGACCAUUGGAACCCUGGCCUUCCUGACCUCAGAGAUCAGGUCCCUCUUUGUGCACCCCUUCCUGGCUGAGCGCAUCAUCUCUAUGCUCAACUACUUCCUACAGCAUCUGGUGGGCCCUAAAAUGGGAGCCUUAAAGGUCAAGGAUUUCAGCGAGUUUGACUUCAAGCCACAGCAGCUGGUUUCUGAUAUCUGCACUAUUUACUUAAAUCUGGGUGAUGAGGAGAACUUAUGUGCCACAGUGCCCAAGGAUGGGCGGUCUUAUUCCCCAACUCUCUUUGCUCAGACAGUUCGGGUCCUGAAGAAAAUCAACAAGCCUGGUAACAUGAUUGUAGCAUUCAGCAACCUGGCAGAGCGGAUCAAGUCCCUUGCAGACCACCAACAGCAGGAAGAGGAGACCUAUGCGGAUGCCUGUGAUGAGUUCCUUGAUCCCAUUAUGAGCACUCUGAUGAUGGACCCAGUGCUGCUGCCAUCCUCUCGGGUCACCGUGGAUCGGUCGACCAUUGCCCGGCACCUCUUGAGUGACCAGACUGACCCUUUCAACCGGAGCCCCCUCACCAUGGACCAGAUCAGACCCAAUACAGAACUGAAGGAGCGGAUUCAGCAAUGGCUUGCAGAGCGGAAGAAGGAGAAGGAACAGUCAGGAGGGAUUUUGUGACCUGGCCAGGCUGCCCUGUUCUCUCUAGCGACUGCCAUGGAACAUUGGCAGGUGGGGGUCAUCCUUGGGCAUCUCUGCCAUUCUCUUUGGUUUCUUGCCCCAAGGACUUUGCCACAAACCUCCAACUGCUCCCUUGCCUAUUUGGUUUGCCUAGUGUCCUGUUUCCAUGGCAGUGGUCCUUCCUAAUAUCCCUCCCAGGUUGGUUUCCCUUCGGUUGAUGCUGCCGCUUUUGUACAGAAACCCUUUUUCUUCCAAGGUGGAGGCAGGAGCUCUGUUCCCUCCACUGGGCAGGCCUGUCUUUAUGCAGAUCUACCUGAACGAUGCUAGUGGACAUCCGCAGGUGCACUGGGGGCUGCCCAGGAGCAGCAUGAAAGAAAGAAAGAAGAAGAAGAAACAUGGCUGCAGCUGCCCCGCACCCCCAGGGCCUGAAAGAAUGGGUGGCCCAGCCUUCUCUGCCCCUAGCAGCCCGCUGUCCUCAGAGGCGCCUGCACUGGCUAGUAGCAGCCUCGGCUGAGGCCUGAAGGCCUCCUGGGCAGCAGAGUGAGCAGCGUGAGGCGCCCUCCAAGCCCUGCCUACGGUUCCACUGUGCCUGUUGCAUGUCAGUCUGUAUGCAGUGUGUGUAUAUAGUGCAGCAUCUGUUGUAGAUCAAUAAAAGCAUCAGGUGUUCCUGUU